AUGAUUUCCGACUCCCUCGCACUAAUUCCUGACCCCCUCCGAGCUGCUCGGUCUCUGUCCCGCAUGCCGAGCCAGCAGCAACCGGCCCAGCCGCGUCAACGCCGCAGACCCGCCCUGGCCUGCCGGGAAUGUCGUCGUCGAAAGAUCAAGUGUGACCAUAAAACUCCAUGCGCACAAUGUCGGCGUUAUGGAACCUCAUCUCUUCACCUAAUACUAAUGCGAGUCCACCACCACCACCCCCCCCAUCCGCCGACAACAACAACGACAACAACAACCAACGCUCCCAGGGAAGCCCUUCAACUUCCUGGUCAACAUUUCUUCAGAAUCGGAGCUUCUGCGUCUCUAUCAGCUGCAGCACCUGCAGUACCUCCAGCACCUGAUGCUCAUGCUAGGUCAGCCUCUUCCUCAACUGAUGGACCCACAUUGCAUGAGCUUGUGCACCGAACCCGUCUCACCAAUAGUGCCACUCUUCCUAUCCCGUCAGGUUCUGGUAUAGGGUCCUCCCGCUCCCAUCCAUCUCCUGCAGGGACACAGGAGUGGCAGUCCGUCCUCAACAAAACUAGAGACUGGGGGCGAAGUCGUUGGAUGGGCGCCGCCGAUGAGAUCAAGGCGAUCAUUGCGUGUUAUAGUGAGAUUAUGAACAAGCCAGUAGAUAUCACGCAAAUAUCAUCUCCCAGUUCCGAAGCCUCAAUCUUGGUCUCCCAGGCGGGGGACUUUUUGCGCAGGUGCAAGAACCGGGCAAGGAGCAUUAAGAUUGGUCGCCCUUCUCGAGGCGUUCUGCCUGCAGGACUUGCGUCGGUACCUCCUGCUCGCGAGACGGCAGAUGCCAUGGUCGAGCUGUAUCUCUCCACUUUUGAAUCAGCGCAGCGAAUACUUCAUAUUCCCACUUUUCGGGCAGAAUACCGCAGGUAUUGGGAUGAACCGGAAGGCAUCACACCAACUUUACGCCUGAAAGUUCUCCUGGUCAUUGGCAUAGGCUCAAGUCUGUAUGAUCAUGGAGACAGAGCCGCGGCCCUCCACAAUAUGGACCGCGUACAACAUUGGAUAUAUGCAGCUCAGACCUGGCUUGCCGGGCCCCUCGAGAAAGAUAGAUUGGACAUCUCAGGGGUGCAAAUAUCUUGCUUGACAAUUCUUGCACGCCAAUUGUUUUCCAUCGGAGGAGAUACGAUCUGGAUCUCGAUGGGAUCUAUGGUUCACACUGCCAUGCAGAUAGGACUACACCGUGACCCGAAACAUCUCCCGACGAAGUCAGUGCUAGAGUCCGAAGUGCGACGUCGGUUGUGGUACACCAUUCUCGAGUUCAUUGUUCAGGCAUCCCUCGACUCGUGGAUGCCUCCACGAAUCUCGUUCGAUGAAUUCGAUACUGAGCCACCUUCCAAUUUCAAUGACAGUCAGCUGAACGAGUCGGCGGCUCAACCCCUACCGCGAGAAAGAGUUACAGAGACUUCAACUCAGCUAGCCUUAAUCCGAUCGCUGCCCAUCCGUCUUCGGAUUGUCAAUCUUCUGAGUGGUCUUCACUCGGAGCACUCCUAUGAGCAAGUACUAGCCCUCAGUUCGGAAUUGACAGACGCACUUCAAGGGUGUAAUCACCCGUCCUUCGCAGCCUUUCAUCGGAAUCUCCUAGACUAUCUCGUCCGUCGAUUCAUGAUCCCGUUGCAUUACUACUUCAGCAACCAGGCGCGCAGUAACCCGCUGUUCCACUACUCACUAAAGCUCAGUCUUGAUGCGGCCCUCGCGCUUGUCUCACCAGAACCAGAUCCACUCUUCGCACGGCUGAUGGCGACGGGGGAAGGGCUUUUCCGAGAGGGGAUACGAUGUGCUACCUCGGCGAUCAGCCUCGAACUUCUCGCGCACGCGGAAACCCAGCGACUCAAUGUGGUACGGGAUCUGGUCGUUCUGUCUGAAGAUCGGAUUCGUCAAGGUGAAACGAAUGUCAAGAACCACAUGUUCCUCCGCAUGAUUCUUGCCCAGGUCGAAGCUGUUGAAACAGGCAAGGCAGUAGAGAUAGAGGUGGCGCGGGCGGCCAGGGACAGUCUGGAGCUUUGCAACACUAUGCUACAAACUAGAGAGCAUGGCGAUUCGAUGUUAUCACCAGAUCUUACGGCUAUGGCGGCGAUGGAGUUCGACGGCACCCAGGGUUGGAGUUGGGGCCUGAUUUUGACUGGGAGUCCUUUUUCCCAGACGUUGUCUCAAAUCAGUGCAUUGGAUAAUGGUGAGACAAUCCCGUAG